GAUGUGGAUAGCUACAAAGGACAUCGAGAAUUUUCACAAGGCGAACGUAUGGGCGUGGACUUGAAGCAACUCUUUUCAUAUUCGUUUUGCCAAGGACUUUUCGAGUCUUUUCAUACGCUAAACUAUUGCCAGAGUCGCGCCAUGUACAAAAGUUCUGUCAACCACUUUGGGGACUUGCUGGGCCCCACCGUGCGAGCCCACAGCGAAUGAAGCGGGUUGCAAUGAAGCACGAUGCUGCCCAUGAAGAGGGUUUGGCGCUAACUGGAAACUCACCGGACGGGCCAGGAUCGGAGGCCCCGGUCAAUGUAAAUGCGGCCAAGCCGCGGCGGAAAGAUAUGGUGGACGAUGGACGGACGUCCACAAGCCAGUCAACGCUCAACCUGGUCAACUGCAUUCUCGGCGCCGGCGUGCUGGGCUACCCCUUCUGCUUCCGCUCCUGCGGGCUGGUGCUGGGCACGCUGCUCAUGGCAGUGUCCAUCUUCGCCUCGCGCUUCUCUUACAACCUGCUGCUGUACUGCAGCCAGAUCAGCAACAAGCGCACGUACGAGGACCUGGCGGACCAGGCCAUCGGGCGGGGUGGGCGGCAGGUUGUGGAGCUGUGCACGGCGGCGCUGAACCUGGGCUGCAUCGUGGCCUACCUCAACAUCCUGGCGGACGUGCUGUCGGCGGUGGCGGGCACCAUCAUCCCGCCGGGCGCAGAACCCUCGCGUAACGCCUACAUCAUGGGCGUGAGCUUGUUUGGCGCGCUACCAGUGGCGCUGUUGGUGCGCGACCACUCUACCAUCGCUACCUUCUCCAUGGUCAGCGUGGGCUUCGUGGUGCUGUUCGCGGUGGUGGUGGUCAUAUUCUCCCUGGCGCCCGUCACCGCGGCAGCCGCCGCCGCCUCGCCGCUGGUGCUGUGGGAGCCUGAGGGUCUGCUGGUGGCGUUCCCGGUCAUCGUGUUUAGCUUCACUGCGCACCCCUACUACCUGGGCAUCUUCAACAACCUGCAAGCCGCCACCUUCUCCCGCAUGACCAAGGUUACCAACCUGGCCAUGGGCUUGUCCUCGCUGCUGUACUUUAUUGUGGGUGUGGGCGGCUACAUUACCUUCCGCAACCGCACCGCCGGAGACCUGCUGCGCAACUUCGGCGCCGCCGACGUGGACGGCAUCCGCGGCGCCUACGAGCGCGCCAUCAAGCUGUGCUACGGCAUCUCCAUCCUGGGCUCCAUCCCGCUCGUCAUCCUGCCCUUUUACAGCAUCAUGGCGCCCUUGGUGCUGGGUAACGAUCUGGCGGCGCUGACCAGUGGUGGCGGUGCGGGCGGCGGCGGCGGCGGCGGCAUGGACGGAGCGCAUGGGCACCUCGCCAACGGCGGCGGCGGCACAGGCGCGGGCGGCGGCAACGGCGAAAAGAGCUACAUGCCGGCCAAGAGGACCAGCAGCGGCGUGUCGGACUUUGUAGCCUCGGCUGACCAGCAGCCGGGCGACAGCGGCGCCACCACGGUGCUCAUGGAGUCCGGCAGUGCCUCGCGCCGCUUCUCCACCAAAUCUGGCGCCGCCGGAGGGGGAGUCGGGCAGAGGCGUGGCGGUGGAGCCGGCGGCGGAGGGGGCGGCGGCGGCGGGGCGGGUGUGUCGCACGAGGUGGAUGUGGUGGACCUGAAGCUGCUGCACUCGGGCGACCGCAGCCUGGACGACAUCGAGUUGCCGUUCGGCAAGCACGCGGUCGUGGUGGUGCUGGUGCUGGGCACCGCGCUGGCGUCUGCCAUCUGGAUGCCCAACGUGGAGUUCAUCUUCGGCCUGACGGGCGCCACCGCCUCCGUGCUACUGUCCUACAUCCUGCCUGCGCUCACCUUCAUCCGCCUCACCGACCUGAACCCCGAGCUACUGGGCGGCGGCAAGUUCAAGACCAUCGCCGAGUCCGUCAGGAUGGAGUGGGUCUGGCGCAAGCGCAAGGCAAUAGCGCUGCUCUGCUUUGGCAUCGUCAGCGGCAUCACCUGCACGGAUGCGAUCCUUGGCGCCGUGAAGCAGGAGGCUGCGGUGGUGCACCUGGCGCAGCAGCUGGUGGCGCAUGAGGUGGUGGUGGCGGAGACGGCCAAGGUGCAGCAGAAGGCGCGGGCGGCGGUGACGGCGGUGUCAGCGGUGGAGAUGGCGGCCAAGGAGCUGGGGCAGGCAAGCGCCAACGCGACAGGCACGUUUAACAAGCUGCAGGCGGCCGCGGCGCAGCUGGACGCGGUUGCAGGUCAGAACGCCACCGUCAAGUCACACGACCGCGGCGGCCUGACUGGUCUUGUGUCGGGCCACAAGCAACACGUGGCGGAAACGAAGGCGCUCACGGCAGUGGUGGAAGCACUCGUGGAUGUCAAGGAGGAGGUGCGGAAGACGGCAGUCGGUGUGAGUGCCGUCAUCGCACAGCUGGACGCGGCCAUGUCGCAGCUGAACCUCCCGAGCGCGAAUGGCACCAGCGCCACCUCCGGCACCGGCACCGGCGCGUCGUCCGGCACAGGCACUGCUGCCUCCGGCAGCGGGACUGGCACGGCGCCAGUCGCCGGCUCUGGCUCUGGCUCCAGGCCUGCGUCCGGCUCUGGGUCUGGUGCCGGUGCCAGUGGCGGCGGCACGUCGGCGCGCGACCGUGCGGCUGACCUGGCCGUGGAGCUGGGCAAGGCACUGGGCGCGUUCAGCGACGUAGCGGGCAACGCUACCGUGGCAGGCAAGUCGCUGUCCCAGGUGCGCGCCACCGCCGUGUCCACACUGCUGGCACUCAACCAGACCGCUAUGGUGCUGGACCGCGUCAGCCUGGCGGUGGAGGCCGCCAAGAAGCACAACAAGCACGACGAGGAAGUCAAGCGGGCGGCGGUGGCGGCCAUGCAGCUGGCGCUGAACGCCACCGCCACGUCGGCUCUGGCCAUGCAGCUGACUGGCGAGGCGCUGCAGCGCUCGGCCACGGAGGAGGCCUCGGAGCUGCUCAGCAUGCUGGUGCAGGUGUCCCACGACCUGGAGAAGACGUCAGCAAAGGCCAAGCUGCCCAAGGUCAAACGCGUGGACAGCGGCAGCAACGCCACCACCGUCAUCGCCGGCAACGGGACUGCUACAAGUGGCAGCACCGGAGCCGGCAGCAGCGGCGGCGCUGCCACUGCGGGCACGGCAACGGGCGCGGGUAGUAGCACGGGAAGCAGCGAUGGCGGUGGUGGCAGUGCGAUGGUGAUCACGUCAGGUGCGGGCACCGGUGCAGGCGCGGGUAGCGGCUCGAUCGCGACAGGCACCACAGCCCCCACCGGCUCCAUGACGACCAGGGGCGUGCCGUCAGGUUCCGGCGCGGCAACGAGCAGCACCGGCAGCAGCACUACAGACGCCAGCAGCUCUGGGACCAGCGCCAGCGCUGGCGGCAGUGGCGGCACAAGCCCGACCUCGGGCGAGGACGUGAAGUUUCCGCUGGAGCGGCUGGGUGACGCCGACGGCAUCGUCAGGCCGGAUGCCAAGGCGCCCGUGGGCAGCGGCGCUGACAAGGCUGCGGAGGCGGCCGGGCAUCUGGAGGCCGUCAUCAAGGACCUCAAUACCAAGAUUGCCGCGGCCUCCAGCACAACUGGAACCGCCGGAGCAGCGCUCAGCGGCACGACAAACACAGCCGGCACCGCUGCGGCGGCAGCGGCCGUCGCGGCGCAGGCCGCUGCGACCGCGGCGGCUGCGGCCGGCGGCGGCACAGGCGCCAGCACCAGCCACGGCACGCUGGUCCUGCCUGGUGCGGGUAGCACCCCAAGCUCAGGCAGCUCCAGCGGCGGUACCGGUGCGGCCACCACCACAACCGGGGCCGGAGCUGGCACAGCAGGCGCAGCAGGCGGCGCAACCGGCACGACCAUCGCGACCGACAGCACAACCUCGGCCGGCACAACCGGCACUGGGGCCGCCGCCACCGGUGGUUCCGGCGCCGGCGCUGUCGGGGGUGGGGGGAGUAGCGGUGCAGGUGCAGGGGCCGCUAAUGCGACCAGCAGUACUGCGCUGGUGGGGGGUGCGGGCGGGCUGAACGUGUCGGGGAUUGCGGCGGCGCUGAAGGACGCCGUGGAGCUGACCAAGGUGAAGCAGGACGAGGCGCUGCACGAGAUCGAGGAGAGCCUCACCAAGAGCAACACGAAGGUGGCUGCGCGUGUGGUGGAUAUUCUGAAGGACAUUUCGGAGAACAAGCGGGGAACUGACGCCGCGAAAGUGGUUGCGGGCGGCUCCACGUUGGGAUCCACAGCCACCGCGGUCGCGUCCGGCGCAGGCUCGGGCGAGAUUCUAGCCGCUGCGGGCGGUGAGGCGGCCGCCGCCGCCGCCGCAGUCGGCAUCGCCACCGGCACGGCGGUAACUAGUAGAAGCGGCGAUGCCACAGGCAGCAGCGGUGGCGGAGAGAGCGGGGAAAGCGGCUUGAUGGGCUUGGUGCACAAGAUCACCACCGACCUAUCGGCCGGGGAGGGCGCCACGGCGGUUGGCCCUAUUGUCAAGGUGGACGCGGAGGGUCACUUGCUGCAGGAGGGCGACGACGGCGACGGCGUGGUGGGGCCGGUCGUCAAGGACAAGGACGCUGCCGGGGCAGCCGGGGCCGAGAGCGCAGUGGCGGCCGCCGAUAGCGCCAUUGGUGGUAGCGAGUCAGCAGGGGCCACGAAUGUGGAUGCGUCUGGUGGUAGUGCCGAGGCUGAGGCAGGUGCGAAGGGCGGCAAAAUGCACUUGGCCAGGUCGCGGCGGGCCGCACGGGCGGCCGCCUCAGAGGGCAAUGCAGGUGGGGGCGGCGAGGGCGUCCACGUACAGCAGGGCCUGCAUAGGAAGCUAGGGCUGGAGCAGGAGGACAUAGAGCAGGCGGCUGGCUGAGGAUGAAGGCCUUGUGCUCAAUGUGAGCAAUUUAAGGCGUCCGGGCGCGAGCGCGUGGGGGA